CCGCCAUGCUCAGGCUGUGGUCCUUUGGGACACGCCCCGUCUUCCCUCGAUGUAGGGCAUUCCACUCUACUGUGGUCAGCAACGCAACUGCGGAAGCUGAAUCUUCGUCGGCGUCGACGAGCACUUGGACUCCAACCUCGGUGCGGACAGGCCUCAUCGCGCGCAAACGCGGUAUGACGGUGAUGUGGGACAACCACGGAGUGAGGUUCCCGGUCACAGUCCUUCAGCUGGAGAACUGCCAGGUUACCGCGAACAUCAAGACCGUCCGGGACGACCAGUCUGAAUACCACGCAGUCCAAGUGGCCGCUUCGGACAGGCCCUUGAAGAACACCACCAAGCAGAUGCUCGGCCACUUCUCCAAGGCUGGUGUUCCUCCCAAGCGUAUUGUGAAGGAGUUCCCUGUGACCCCAGACGCGCAUGUGCCAAUCGGCACCACUCUAUCUGCCGUCCACUUCGUUCCCGGCCAGUUUGUUGAUGUGAUUGCCAAGUCACUUGGGAAAGGUUUCCAGGGUACUAUGAAGAGGUGGAACUUCAAGGGUCUGCGCGCUAGUCACGGUGUGUCCGUUUCACAUCGUGCUGCAGGUUCCAUUGGUGCCCAUCAAGAUCCCGGUCGUGUCUGGCCCGGAAAGAAGAUGGCUGGCAGAUUGGGUGGCGAGCGCAUCACUACUCAGAACCUUACUGUCGUACGCGUCGACUCCGACCUGGAGCUCAUCUACGUACGCGGCUGCGUACCUGGCAUUGAUGACGCUCAGGUCAUGAUCCGGGACGCGAAGAAGAAGAUGACGCAGCUUGCGCACCACAACAGCGCGAAGGGUCAAUUCGAAAAGGUCCUUCCGAAGGGCCUCGUCAAGCUACCCUUCCCUGCAGGCACGAAGGAGCUUGCCCAGGCGUUGCCGCCAGUUAUCGUAGCGCCCUCUGCUCGUGUUAGCGACCCGUUCGUUCCUAGGGAAUAGAUGGCUUCGCUUUUUGUCCCCCUCUCAC